CUCGUCGCCGCCGCCGCCGCUUCCGGCCGGGGCGGGACUAGAUGGGGGGCCGCCGAGGCCAGUCGUCGCCACCCGGAAGUGAGAGCCGCGGCGGCGGCGACCCCGCCGACCCCCGCCGCGCGACGCCCGUGCGAGCGGCCGGAGGAGGCGCCGCGGCCCGGCGCCCGCAGGCCCGCGCGUAGCGAGGCCGCGCCGUCCGCGCCGGCCCCGCCCGGGCCUCGUCCCCCCCCACCCCAUUCCCCCCCCGCCCGGUCCCCACGCGCCCUCGGGACCCCGCGCCGGCACCAUGUUCAAGAAACUGAAGCAGAAGAUCAGCGAGGAGCAGCAGCAGCUCCAGCAGACGCUCGCCCCCUCUCAGGGACCCACUGCCUCUUCAACACCAACUAGAGCUAGAAGCAGGACAUCUUCAUUCUCAGAGCAACUGGAUGAAGCUGCUGCCCCCAACAGAGAGCUACUAGCUGGGAUGAUAGCAGAGCCUGCUUUUCUCUCUGAAUAUACUAUCUUUGCUUUGGAUUCCUCCAAACAGCCUAAAACACAGAGUGACAGUGUGAAUGCAUCCACCCAUGCUGCGAAGUCCUCAGACAGUGUUCAUAGAAGUGAACCAUCCACUCUACAGUCAGGUGACACUCAGACUUUCGCUCAGAAACUCCAGCUUCGAGUGCCUUCCAUGGAAUCUUUGUUUCGAAGUCCUGUAAAGGAAUCUCUCUUUCGAUCUUCUAAAGAGUCACUGAUACGUACAUCUUCUCGCGAGUCCCUCAAUCAGCUUGACCUGGAAUAUUCUGUGGCCUCCUUUGAUUCACCUUCUGAUAUGGAGAGCGAGGCCGAAGAUUCGAAUUUCGACAGUGUCAACAAAGAACAGUUGAUUCAGCGAUUGCGAAGACUGGAGCGAAGUUUAAAUAGCUAUAGAGGAAAGUAUUCUGAGCUUGUGUCAGCUUACCAGACUCUUCAGAGAGAGAAGAAAAAGCUACAAGGUAUAUUAAGUCAGAGUCAAGACAAAGCGCUUCGGAGAAUUGGAGAAUUAAGAGAGGAGAUCCAAAUGGAUCAGCAAGCGAAGAAACAUCUCCAAGAGGAGUUUGAUGCAUCUUUAGAAGAGAAAGAUCAAUAUAUCAGCGUUCUCCAAACGCAGGUUUCUCUCCUGAAACAACGGUUACGCAACAGCCCCGUGAAUAUCGAUGUCCUAAAACCUCUCCCUCAGAUGGAAACCGAGGCUGAAGUUGACAGGAGGGAAGAGAACACGGAGGAUAAUGUAGAGGCAAUAGGAGAUGUCCCUUCUGCUAAAAUGCUGGAAACACUUCAGCAAAGAGUGAAGCGUCAAGAAAAUCUUCUAAAGCGUUGUAAAGAAACCAUCCAGUCACAUAAGGAGCAGUGUACACUACUAAGCAGUGAAAAAGAAGCUCUUCAGGAACAGCUGGAUGAAAGGCUUCAGGAGCUAGAGAAGAUGAAGGAGCUUCAUAUGGCUGAGAAGACAAAACUUAUCACUCAGUUACGUGAUGCAAAGAACUCCAUUGAACAGCUUGAACAAGAUAAGGGAAUGGUCAUCACCGAGACAAAACGCCAGAUGCAUGAAACCCUGGAACUGAAAGAGGAAGAAAUCUCUCAGCUUCGGAGCCGCAUCAAACAAAUGACUACCCAGGGAGAGGAAUUACGGGAACAGAAGGAAAAAUCUGAGAGAGCUGCCUUUGAGGAGCUGGAGAAAGCCCUGAGUGCUGCCCAGAAAACAGAAGAGGCGCGCCGAAAGAUGAAGGCGGAAAUGGAGGAGCAAAUCAAAGCCAUGGAGAAGAGGAGCCAGGAAGAGCGGGCCAGUCUUCAACAAGAACUAAGUCGGGUGAAACAGAAGGUCACGGGCCUCAUGAAAAAAUCCUCAGAAGAACAAAUUGCUCAACUCCAGAAGCUACAUGCAAAGGAACUGGCCGAAAAAGAACAGGAAUUGACUGAGAAAUUUCAGACCCGUGAAAGGGAAUUACAGGAACAAAUGAAAAUAGCCCUUGAAACAAGUCGGUCAGAAUUUGUGAAGAUCGCUCAAGAAAAAGCAGGCCAGGAGGCUUUGGCCCUGGAAGAGCUAGAGCUGCAGAAACAGGCAGUCCUCGCAGAGAGCGAAAAGAAGCUGAAGGACCUCCAGCAGGAAGCACAGACUUAUAAAACGAGAAUUCUCGAGUUGGAAAGUUCUUUGGAGAAGAGCCUACAGGAAAGCAGGAGUCAAUCCGAGCACUCAGCUGUUCAUUUGGAAGCCGAAAGAAAUAAGUACAAUAAAGAAAUGACAAUCAUGGCUGAGGAGCACAAGACAGAACUGGAGCGCCUAACCCAUCAGCAGGAGAGCCUGUGGACAGAAAGACUCCAUAUGUUAAAGCAGCAGCAUCAGACGGACAUGGAAGCACUUAGAAAAAAAUACGAAGAAGAGAAAGAAACAUUAUUGAAAGACAAAGAAAGCCUUUUCCAGGAGCACAUCGAAGACAUGAAUCAGAAGACUUUAGAAAAGCUGGAUGUGAAACAAACAGAACUGGAAUCGCUGUCCUUGGAGCUAGCAGAAGUCCUCAAAACCCGUCAGAAGCUGGAAGAGGAGCUUUCCGUCCUCCAAGAUCAAACGAAGCAGGAAUCAGAGGCUCGGCUGGAGGCGGAGAGGAGACACCACGAGCAGCACGUGGCCAGAGUCAUCCAGGAACAAGCAACGGCUCUGCAGAGAACAGAGAUCACGUUGAAAGAUCAGAUUAGCGAACUGGAACUCCUCAUAAAGGAAAAGGACAGGCAAAUAAAAGAGCAUCAGUUGCGUGUGGCAUAUUUAGAAGCAGACAUGGAAAGACGUAAAGGGGAACUUCAGGAGGCAACUGCUAAGGUAGAGCUUUCUCAGUCAUGCAUUGAGCAGUCAAAGACAUACGAGGAGCAGUUGGCCCAGUCGCAGCAGAAGUUAGCAGAUUUGGAAACAGAAAGAAACCAUCUUAGACGCCGGGUGGAAGAAGCCGAAGCCCAGACGAAUCACGCUUGUCUGGAGUUAGAUACUCAGAAAAGCCAGGUGCAGAAGUUAAUGCAGCAGCUAGAAAACCAGAGGACCGAAACAGAGCAAAAAGUGCAAUCGUUAGCCCAGCUCUGUGAGUCUCAACGUAAAGACAAUACCAUGGGCCAAGAACAAACCAAGCAGCUCCUGGUGGAGAAAGAAGAUACGAUUUUACAACUGCGCAAAGAAACGGACACCCUCAAACAGAAAUUGUCAGCCAAGGAAGAGCAGAUUAGGAGCUUGCACGAGGAACAUGCAAGCCAAUUUAAAAAGCAAGAAGAAAAGAUGGAGAAAAUGAAGCAGAAAGCCAAAGAGGUUCAGGAAACUUUAAAAAAGAAAAUGUUGGAUCAGGAAGCCAAACUUAAAAAAGAGCUUGAAAAUACCACUCUGGAGUUUAGUCAAAGAGAGACGGAGUUCAAUGCCAAAAUGUUGGAAAUGGCUCAAGCCAACUCAGCAGGACUCAGCGAUGUGGUCUCAAAACUCGAAGUAAAUCAAAAGGAGCAAGUAGAGACUCUUACGAAGGCCCAUCAACAAGAACUUGGUGACGUCGUAGCCAGCUGGGAAAAGAAACUGAGUCAGCAAAUGGAAGCACUCCAGGAGAAACACAGAGCCCAAUUAGUGCAGAAGGAGCAGGAAGUCACGGGUCUGAAGAACUCCAUCCUCUUAGUUGAGCGCCAGAAAGAAGAGCUGGAAAAGGAAGUGGCCCAGCUGAAGGAAGAAAGUAUGAAGCAGGACGCCAAGUUAAGCGAAUUCCAGGACCAGUUAAAGCAGAAAUCAGCGCACCUGACAUCUCUCUCACAAAACGAAUCGCAGUUGAAAGCGCAGCUUGAAAAUGUGCAGGCCGACUUGAAUCGCUCUCUGAAGGAAACUGCUCUUCUUCAAGGGCAGAUCGAUGAAUGGAAACAGCGAGGAGAAGAAGAGCAACUUCAGCUUUCCGAGUUGUCACACAAAUUAAAAGCCACCGAGGAAGAAUUCCAGGGUUUGCAGUCUUUACAUGAGACAUGUCAGAAAAGCCUGGAAGCCAAAAGCUUGGAACUCAAAGCAUUGCCCGAGCAACUCGCAUCUCAGCUAGAUAGUUACUGUAAAAACAUGGAAGCUUUCUUUGAAGCAAAAGCAAGUGAGCUCCUUCAUAUUAGCAGCAGUAAAACGAAUGCCCUUCUCGCGAGGAUUUCUCAUUGCCAACACCACGCAACUCGAGUGAAAGAGGCACUGCUGAGGAAAACGAGCAGAAUUUCUGAGUUAGAAGCACACGUGACCCAGCUCACCGAGGAGCAACAUACACUCAAUAGAUCUUUCCAGCAAGCCACCCAGCAGUUAGAAGAAAAAGAAAACCAGAUUAAGAGCAUCAAAGCCGAUAUUGAAAGUCUUGUCACGGAAAAGGAAGCGCUCCAGAAGGAAGGAGGCAGCCAGCUGCAGGCUGCCUCCGAAAAGGAGUCUUGUAUCACACAGCUGAAGAAAGAGUUGUCCGAAAACAUCAAUGCCGUCACUCUGAUGAAAGAGGAGCUGACAGAGAAGAAAUCAGAGAUCAGCAGUCUCAGUAAACAACUAGCUGAUCUGAAUGUUCAGCUCCAGAACAGCAUCAGCCUCAGUGAAAAAGAGACAGCCAUUUCCUCCCUAAGUAAACAGCAUAAGGAGCAACAGCUUGAGUGGCAGGACAAGGUACAAGCUUUGUCUUUGCAAGUGGAUACUCUGAGUAAAGAAAAGCUGACCGCUCUUGAGCAGGUACAGCAUUGGUCCAACAAAUUCUCUGAGUGGAAGAAAAAGGCGCAGUCUAAAUGCACGCAGUAUCAAACCACCAUCAAAGAACUGCAGUCACAGCUUGAGUUCAAAAACAAAGAAGCUAGUGAAAAGGAAGAGCAGAUCACUUUACUGAAGGGAGAACUUGAUCAGCAUAGUCAAAGACUCGAAUGUCUGAAGGGUGAGGUGGAAGGUAAGAACGAGUAUGAGCAAAGGGCUUGUACAUUGGAGGCAGAGUUAAAGACUCAGACAGCAAGGAUUGCUGAGCUUCAGGGCCAUGUUACUCAGAAAGAAGUUGAAAUUGAAUCUUUAAAUGAAGUUCUUAAAAAUUGCAAUCAACAGAGGGAUCAGGAGCAGGAAGAAUGGGUUCAGAAACUUCAACACUUUCAGGAGUUGGGAGAAGCAAAGGACAGAAGAGUUAAGGAAGUUGAGGAAGAGGUCUUAAGGCUUGAAAAGAAAGUGUCUUCCACAGAAGCCGAACUGGAAAUGAAGAAGAAAGAACUGGAACAGGCAAGUCAAAGUGUACAAAGCAAAGAUGAAGAGCUGAGGGCUUUGGGAAAUCGACUGGAACUAGAAAAUGCUGCCAAAUUAGCAGAGCUGAAGAAAAAAGCUGAACAAAAAAUUGCCGCCAUCAAGAAACAGUUGCUGUCUCAAAUGGAAGACAAGGAGCAGCAGUAUAAAAAAGGGACGGAAAGCCAUCUGAGUGAGCUCAAUCUAAAACUGCAAGAAAGAGAGAAGGAAGUUCAAAGCUUGGAAGAACAGCUGCGCUCAUUGGGAACUUCUCCACAGUCCAACACACCAACUAUGCACAAAUCCGUAGAAACUAUGGCUGCACACUGGGAGCAAGAAGAAGCCGCGUCCCAGGGCUGUGUGCAGAAGGCGUGCAGAGAAAAACUGAGAGCUUUGCAAAGCACUUUAGCUGAAAAAGACAAACUAUUGCAGAGGCUAGAGCAGGGGGAAGAAGGAAUCACUUCUUCACAUUCAGAAAUGCAGUGCAAAUGCCAGGAACUCCUAAGAAAAUUAGAAUGUGCCGAAGCGAAGCAGUGCGAGGAUCAAGUUGUAAUUGACCGUCUUCAAAAAGAACUAGAAGAGAAAAGGAAAUGUUCCUUGAUAGGGCCACAGGACAUGGCCGGAGAGGGAGGAGAAAGGAUCCUUGGGUCCAAGCAAAACUGGGAAAAUACAGUUGAUGAUGUCCAGAAAAUUCCCCAGAAGAAAAACCCGGACUAUCAGGCCCUAGAAGAAAAGCUAAAGGAGCUGGACACCUGCUUAGUAAGAGAGAAAGAAGCACAUCAAAGUGAAAUGAAGGAGUUGACCUCAAAAUAUGAAAAACUGCAGGCUUUAUACCAACAGAUGGAUGGGAAAAACCAAUCCAUGGAAGUUUUGGGGGACAAUGAUGAAGAAAACUCCAAAUCACCUAAGUUCCCAUCUAAACCGCUUAGUAACAUGACCACCGAGCACAAUGAUCUGGAGUUGAAAUUAGCAGGGGCAGAGAAGGAAAAGCAGAAGCUAAGCAAGGAGAUUGCUAGACUGCAGAAAGACCUUCGGCUCUUGCGGAAGGAACACCAGCAGGAACUAGACAUCCUGAAAAAAGAAUGGGAACAAGAAAUGGAUGAAAAAAUCAAACAGGAACAGGAAGACCUUGAGCUGAAGCACAAUUCCCUGCUGAAACAGCUGAUGAGGGAGUUCAAUACCCAGCUGGCCCAGAAGGAACAAGAGCUAGAGCAGUCCAUCAAAGAAACCAUCAAUAAAGCCCAGGAGAUUGAAACCGAACUUGUAGAAAGCCAUCAAGAAGAGACAAAUCAAUUAUAUAAAAAAAUCGCCGAAAAAGAUGAUGAUCUAAAAAGGACAGCCCAAAGAUAUGAAGAAAUCCUUGAUGCUCGUGAAGAGGAAAUGACUGCAAAAGUGAAGGACCUGCAGGCUCAACUAGAAGAACUACAGAAGAAAUACCAGCAGAAGGAAGAAGACCCGGGAAGUGAUCAGGUAACAAUUAUGGAAUUACAGACACAACUAGCACAGAAGACGACUCUGAUCAGCGACUCAAAGUUGAAAGAACAAGAAUUCAGAGAACAGAUUCACAAUUUAGAAGACCGCCUGAAAAAGUAUGAAAAGAAUGUAUAUGCAACAACUGUGGGGACACCUUACAAAGGUGGCAACUUGUACCACACAGACGUCUCGCUCUUGGGAGAACCUACAGAGUUUGAAUAUUUGCGAAAAGUGCUUUUUGAGUAUAUGAUGGGUCGUGAGACUAAGACCAUGGCAAAAGUCAUAACCUCUGUCCUGAAGUUUCCCGAUGACCAGACCCAGAAAAUUUUGGAAAGAGAAGAUGCUCGGCUAGUGUUUGCUUCCGCUCGCAGUGGUAUCUUCUGAGUAAGCCGCCAGUCUGUGCUUAGUUAGCAUGUGUCAUGGCUUCGAUCUUCAUCCUGACGGAGAGCAAGGCUGGCCAGCUGCUGAUUGGAGGAGCUGCCCUCGUGUGAACCUCUGCCUUUGAGAGUCACACUGUCACUGGGAGCCCUUCUCAUGGCUUAGAACACUAAGAAAACCGACACUGGCUCCCCAGAUCGCAGACGGCCUCCAAAGGCAACCCCUGCCCCCCAACACACACACCCUCAGUGGACAAAUGAUGAUUAGGGACUUUUUUUUUUUCUUCAAUUUUCUCUUGGGGAAGAGUUUUCUAUUUAAAAAUAGUUUGAAUAACCUCACCUACUCUCUCUUAACAAUGUUCCUUUCUUCUCGAUUCUUUUUUGGACCCUGUGUUCUCCCUUUUCAAGAAAUGCUCGCCUCUCUUAUUUAUUUCAGGGUGGUUUUUCUUUUUUAAAAAAUUUGUGCAAUAUGUUUUGAGGUGAAACAGUAAAUUUUUUCAGAUCAAUUAGAGAGUUUUAUUAUUACUCAGAUUUUUUGAAAAUUUGCUAAGGAUUAAUUCUUUAAGCUAUCACACGCAAGUCCCAAAUGGCGGUACCUCAUUGUUUACUUAGCUUUUGUACUUAUAUUUUUCAGAGGAAAGAAUACUAUUGUAAAUUGUAAAUAGUCAAUAAAUAACUAUUGUAUGCAAAUCCGUAACUGUUGGCAAUGUCAUCUGGGAAGAAGAGAUAAAUAAAGUUUAUUUCCUGUA